GCAAACGGAAUGACCAAGCAAUAGUGAGUCAACGUCAUGUUCGAGCCACACCAACCAUACCUGACGUGCUAUCGAUCAGCAAUGUUGCUGCUCUCCCUAUGCCCCCUCUUCCCGCUGAAGGCUCCGCCUCAUUUUCCAAUGUCCACCUCGCGAUCGUCCUCUUCGCCGGGCCUUAUGUCUUCCAGAAGAUCCUGCCGUUCCGGACUGGCUGGACAGUCUACUGGAUCUUCUUCUCGCUCAUGGGUAUCCCAUUGGCAGUAGGUUACUGGGCCUUGAUCUCUAGGAUCGGCAAGCGGAUCAAUGAAAAGGUUGCUUUGCCCGGUAAACCCCUGGACCACUACGUCGACUUGAAGAACUCGACAUUGAAGCAAUACGAGGGCCGAAAAGUCCCUAUGCAAAAGUUUCACGAUGCGUACUUUGAUGCUAAGGUAGACUUCAAGGGAGAUGUUCUGGAUGUGAUGGAGUACAGGCAUGAUUGGGCUUCGUUCGAAUUCACCCCAGAACUCUUCAAAUACGUCUUCACCAACUUGAUCCCCGAAGUCGUCAUCCAUUCCAAGACUCAAGAUGAAGAGCAAGUUAGAGAUCACUACGACCGAGGUAAUGACUUUUACGCCUGGUUCCUUGGUCCCCGAAUGGUCUACACGUCCGGUGUCGUCAAGGAUAUCACAAAGAUGGAAACAUUGGAAGAACUUCAGGACAACAAGAUGACCAUGGUGUGUGAAAAGUUGGAUCUGCAAAAGGGAGAUAAAAUGUUGGAUAUCGGUUGCGGAUGGGGCACUUUGGUCACUCAUGCCGCCAAGAAUUACGGAGCAGACGUCACUGGAGUCACGCUUGCCCGGAAUCAAGCUGCUUUCGGAACUGAACGAUUGAGAGAAAAUGGUAUCCCCGAAUCUCAGGGCCGGAUCCUCUGUAUGGACUUUAGAGAUGUCCCUCAUGACAAAGGCUACUUCAACAAGAUCUCAUGUCUUGAAAUGGCCGAACACGUUGGAAUCAGGCGAUACGGUACAUUCUUGAAGGAAGUUUACGACUUGCUUGCGGACGACGGAGUCAUGGUUUUCCAGGUCGCCGGUCUUAGAACCUGUUGGCAAUUCGAGGAUUUGGUUUGGGGCUUGUUCAUGAACAAGUACGUUUUCCCUGGUGCCGAUGCAUCCCUUCCCCUUGGUUGGGUCAUCAAGCAGCUUGAAUCCGCCAACUUUGAGAUUAAAUCCGUGGACGUCCUCGGAGUCCACUAUGGAGCUACGAUUCACAGAUGGUACUUGAACUGGAAGUCCAACGAGGACAAGGUCGUUGCCAAAUACGGUAUCAGAUGGUACAGGAUCUGGCUCUACUUCUUGGCUUAUUCCGUCAUUGUCGCCCGUCAAGGAUCGUCUUCCGUGUUCCAGAUCACAUGCCACAAGAACUUGAACGGUUUCCACAGGAUCCUCCAACAACCCUCUCAUCAGGCUAUUCACGCGCCCAUCUCCAGAAAGAUUGAGUCUAUCUCUUGCAACGGUGGAUUCUGGGAACAGAAGGCUUAGAUCACCGAUGUGGACAAUGGUUCAAAGACUGGCGCUUGCCAUAAAAGAUCAUACUUGGAUCUCUCAUGCCAUAGAUGAAAAGGCGAAUGUGGAAGGAGGAAUGCAUGAUGGUGGAGUGAUGACC